CGGAGGCGCCCGCCAAGUGACAACCACUCUAGGGGAACCUACGAUUGUCAACCUUAAACAUCGCAAACCACCAAGCGUCGAUCCACCACUUCUUCACCCACGAUUGAUUCUGUCUUAUUCGCGACUGGAUAGAGACACGGCACAUUCAACAAUCCAUCCCCGCGAUGCCCCCACAGACCCGCUCCCGCGGCGUCCCGGCCCCAAACCGAGUCUAUCACUCGACGCCGGCCCAACAGCAGGCCCAGUUCCCGCCGCGCAGAAAGGUCGUCCGCACGUAUGGCAAGCAGACGCGCAAGAAGGAGACUGCUGGCAGCGCCCGGUCGAUGCGCCAGCAGACCCUGACGCAGAUUGACUUUGUGUCGAGCUUCGAGGAGGACCGCGACCCGAUCGUCAUGGACGACAGCGACGAAGACGAAGACGACGAGCAACAGAAGGAGAGCGACGCAACUGUCGACGAGAACAAGGAGAACCGAAGCUUGCGAAAAGAUGCAGAUGAUGGAGAUGAGCAGCCGGUUUCGGGCGGGAGGAAACGAAGGGGGAGCUCGAGAAAGGUCACAGCCAAGGACGAACGGGCCAAGCGAAGGCGGACGCUGGGUGAGGAAUCCGAUACAGAAGCCGCCGUCAAGAACGAACCCGCGAGUCGACGCAGGACGCUUGGCGAUCUCCCGGCCUCCAGCUACCACACCCAAACCCUCACGCAGUUCCUCGGCCGAGACCCCGCACACGCCCUCUGCAUCAAGGACUCGGAAGACGAAGACGACGACGAGAAUGACGAGAACGACAAUGGCUUCCAGGACUGGCUCCAGGACCCCGUCAGCCCGACCCCGCGGCGUCACUACCGAACAUCCGUCACGCCGAGAAAGCAGCGCCAGAUUCGAUUCGCCUCGCCUAAGCUGCCACAGCCAAACGAGCCACCAACGUCCAGCCCUAACGCCAGCCGCCAGGAAUCCGUUGUGCCUCAGACGCCCGCCAAGCGCGCCCGCGAUGAGAUCCCUUCCUCAAGCCAACUCUCAACCCCCGCGAGCAUCAUGAUGGGUCGGUACGGCGCCCCAGGCCAGAGCCCCUCGCCUCUCAAGAACAAGUCCUCGCCGGCUGCAGGGUCGACCCCGAGACCCAUUCUUAAAUCGCUGCCGGGGAAGCCUCGUAUCGCAACAACGCCUCGGCGCCGGGACCGCGUGAUCCAGGACUCGUUUGCCACCGACAGCUGGGGCUCGGGCGGCGCGAUGCCGCUGCAGGAGAUUGCCGUGCCAUCGCCCGGCGGCGAGACGGCUGCCUCUGCCGAGAGCUCGUCGCUGGCGGAUGAGAUGGAAACUCCUACAAAACCCCGGCGCAGGGGGCAGAGUACCGAACUGGGCGACGGGACGAAGGCCAAGGUGAAGGCGGAGACAUCGAGCCCCACGCCCAGGAAGAGAGUCACGCCUCGCAAGGCAGGGAAAAGGGUUGUCUUGGAGAUACCCGAUUCAGAUGCCGAGGACGAGGAUUUCGAGGUGUUUGACGAGAACGACGAGAAUGAUGAGAAUGAUGAAAAUGAUUUCGUGGCUGGCCCCGAGACGCAGUUCAUCAUGGACCAGAUUGCUUCCUCGGAAGAGGAAGAAGAAGGAGACGAGAACGUCAAGCCGUCAACGCCAACUCGGGCUUCUACUACUGCUCCUCUCGCCCAACACAACCAAGCUGCCACGGCCUCCUCGGCGGCAUCUUCCCGAUCACGACCUCGCCCCUCACAUUCGUCACCACAGCUGGCUCCCAUCGCAAGCUCCCAACCCACGACGCUCCCUCCUCCCUCAUCACCACCAAAGCCUUCUCGCCCCCUAGCCAACCGCCUCCGCAAACCUCUCCAUCACGCGUCCACCCACGGCGCCACCCAGACGCAACCCCUCGAGUCGCAGCGCGUGCCCCUGGUGACCCUCCAGGCGCUCCCGCCAGCCUCGGCCCGCACCGACGUGCUCCUCCCGCUGAGCCCCGACGUGCUCGCCGACGUGCUCGAGGGCUUCAGCGUCUGCCUCGUGCUCCCCUUCAAGGUCCCCGCCCAGGUCGUCCGCUUCUGGCUCUUCGACGGCACGCUCUUGCGCUACAUGGCCUGCGCCGACGCCGGCCGCGUCGAGAAGGGCGGCGGCUCAUGGCGCUAUGCCCUGCCGCAGGUGUACGAGCUCAACAACCCCGUCGACGACGAGGAUAUGCGCGAGGAGGGCUGGGUCGACGGCGAGAUUGGCCGCUACGUCUACCUGCCGCCUGCCAUUAUCGGUCAGUUGCUAUGGAACCUUCGUCAUGCGCUCUUCAGCGAGACCGACGAAGAGGUCGGUGCCAUGGACGCGCCGUCGCUUCCUCCCUCUCACUCUAGCCCUCCCUCUCAGGACGAAGAAGAAGAGCAAGUCCAGCUCCUCCCCAGCUCCUCAGCCCCGCAGCCAAGGGACAAGAUGCCAGCGCCGACGCCGACGCCCAGCAUCAGCGUUUCGCAGCAGGUCGAGGCCCAGCUCCAGAGCGACAUCGCCCAGUCGACCCAAUUCCCUACAUCUGACGAUAUCCUCGUGCCGUCGACCCCUGAAGCCGAGCGCCACCACGUACCAUCGUCGCCAACGCCAACAAGGGCCGACCCUCGCACUGCCAUCAAGCGGCCGCCAUCUCGCCUCCCGCCCCUGACGCCCUACAACGCAUCAUCGUACCGCGCCUCACGACCUCCCAUCAAUCCUCCUCGCCCAUCCGGCGGCGUGCGGCCCUCGCAGGCCACCACCGCCUCUCAAGCCUCCACGCCCGACAAGUCCUCCGCUGCUGCCGCCGCCUCACGCCCGCCGUCGUACCCGCAGCUGCAGUCGUCCAGCAGCAUCGUCUUCCACGACGACUCGCCGCUGCACAUGCCCCCGGGCUUCCCGCUCGCUCCCGAGUCUUCUCAGCUGUUGACAAAGAGUCAAAUGCUGCCGGAUAGUCUGGUCCGCGACGACGCGCUAGUUCCCCCCGAGAUUUGGGACUCGGAUGAAGACGGCGACGGGGGUCUAUAAUGUUCCUAGGUGUAUCAUAUGUUCUAAAAGGAAAGGUGUUGCAAGGUCACUGAAAUGAUGUGAAUGGUGUCGCCGAGUAGGAUGGCACGGUACGGAACGCAGCAGCGGCGUGGGACAUGGGAUAAACGGAUUCGACAUAUUACUGUUUUUUAGCCUCGGUGUUCAGGAUGUUCUUGAUCAGGAAACGGAUAUUCUCAUGUGAUGGGAAGAAAUUGACCACCAGAAGUCGGUAGAUCCGUCACAUCACGCCGCGUAGACAUUGUACACACAGUUGAAACCGAAAUACAGGGUUAGACAAGUUUAACAC